AUGGCGGAGUUGGACUGCCCCAAGUGGGCUGUGGCGGCGCUGGCGCUCUUCGGCCGCGGCGGCGCCCCACUCAUCAUGCGCACUUUCACGUCGCCGCGCGAGGUGCUCGACAACGCGGAGGCCGCGACGUGCGCGAACCUCCGCGUUGGCGAGGACGACGUGGUGAGGCUCCACUUCCUGCUCUUCUCCUCGCUGGACCGCUGCGACGACAUUGUGCGAAAGCGGCAGCAACAGGGUGGCUCACAGCAGCAGCAGGGGGGCCCCGGCGUUGCAAAGACGCUGGUGCGCGUCUCCGCCGGUGCGGACGUCCGCUUCCUCGGCAAACUGAUGCGCUGCCACAUGUUCACUUCGUACGGCUUUCAGUCCGCCUCCGGCAUCCGCACCAUUUUGGCCAUCGUAGGCGAUGCCCCACUCGAUGCAGUGCUGCCGCUGUGCCGCUCCACCUACGAGGUGGCCUCGGCGGCGCUCUGCAACCCCUUCCGCACCCCGCGCAUGCAUGCGCAAAUGCUGCAGCAGUGGCACGCCGGCGCGCAGCACGACACGCAGUCGUUGCUGCCGUCAGCGUACACGGAGAAUCUCAGAGCUGCACCAACGCCAGAGACAAUGGCGGAGGAGCCGUCGCUGGCGUAUUCUCGUGCGUUCCGAGAGCAGAUACGUAGCAGUAUUGAGCCCUUCACCGCCACCGCACGCAGCAGCAUUGUGUGA